UUGCUUGGGUUCGAGAAGCUAAUGAACUUUGUUCUGACCGAAUGGGUAAAUGAUGUUAAAAAAAAUCAACUGCUGAACAUUGUCGGCGAGGUUGGUAUAAUGCAUCACUUUUCACAGAUCGUGCAAGGGGUGAGGGAUCUCUUUUGGAUCCCCGUCUACCAGUAUCGCACCGACGGGCAUAUUAUAAAAGGCGUUCAGCGUGGAGCGCACAGUUUCGGCAUAUCGACGGUGGUAGCAAUGCUGGAGCUCAGCCAAAAGCUCGUUUCCGCUAUUCAGGAAUUUAGCGAAGUAGCAUUUGAGAUCGUUAAUCCUGAAUAUCCGUCAGGACGGAGACAGGAUAUAUUUCAGCCUGUGCCGAAGCCCGCCGAUUUUCGGGAAGGUUUGUCGAUGGCCUGUUCAACAGUGAAAACGGGGUUCAGCGAAACGGCACAAGCAAUAGCGAUUGCUACGCAAGAGGAACGAGCACGUGGUCGUUGGAUGAUUCGAGGAAUACUGCGACAGGCCACACCGACUAUCAUACGACCCAUUGUCAUUGCUUCCCAUGCGACGGCACAGAUGCUUGGUGGGUUGUGCAGUCAGCUGAAGAGUGAAGCCCACUGA